AUGAAAUAUCCCCUCUCUAGUGUGGCACUUUUUGCCAGCAGCGCCUUGGCUUGGCUUCCUGAGGAACGAGACCUCGCUGCUUUUAACAUCUCUCGCUUUGACACACUCGAAAAGCGCUUUCAGCCCACUCUGCCUAAUGGCGUGAGCAAGAUUCGUGGUGUCAACUUUGGAGGAUGGCUCGUCAGCGAGCCUUGGAUGAUGAGCAACGAGUGGAACAACGUCAUGGGCUGCAAUGGUGCUGCGACUGAGUUUGAUUGCAUGAAGAACCAGUACUCUGGAAGCAACCGCGAGAAUGGUAACGCCAAAUUUGCAAACCACUGGAGGGAUUGGAUCAACCCGGCCACAGUCCAGUCCGUUCACGAUGUUGGCUUGAAUACUAUCCGUAUCCCCAUCGGCUACUGGUCCUAUGUCGACAUCGUCGAUAAGGCUAGUGAGCCUUUUGCCGAUGGCAGUCGCAUGUUGCCUUACCUCGACGCAGUCGUCGGAAAGGCAGCGGACCUGGGUCUUUAUGUCAUUAUCGACUUCCACGGCGCCCCUGGCGGCCAGCAGCAAGAUGCCUUCACCGGCCAGAUGAACGUUCCUGCCGGUUUCUACAAUGCCUACAAUUUCGGCCGCGCGGAGAAGUGGCUCUCCUGGAUGACAAAUCGCAUUCACACCAACAACGCCUAUCGGUCCGUCGGCAUGAUCGAGGUCCUCAACGAGCCUGUCUCCCGCCACGACGGUGGUGGUCGGUACCCAGCUCCGGGCGAGGACCCAGGCUUGGUGCAAAGCUACUACCCCGACGCCCUCAAGGCCGUGCGAGACGCCGAGGCGUCCCUGGGCGUGGCUAACGACAGGAAGUUGCACGUCCAGUUUAUGUCAAGCAAGUGGGAUUCCGGAGAUGCGCGCACCAACCCCGAAGUGAAGAACGACCUCAUGACUGCGUAUGAUGACCACAACUACAUUGGCUUUGCCCUGAGCGGAACGAGCGACCAGGGAGCGCUUAUGAACAGUGCGUGCCAUGACAGCCGUGUUGUGAGUGGCCAGGACUUUACGAUUACUGGAGAAUGGAGCAUGACCUCUGGUGCCGACUGGCAUGAUGCCAACUUCUUCAAGAAGUGGUUUACUGCUCAACAACAACUUUAUGAGAAGCCUGGAAUGAGCGGGUGGGUGUACUGGACUUGGAAGACGGAGUUGAAUGAUCCUCGCUGGACAUACUCUUAUGCAACAUCUCUGGGAUAUGUCCCGACUACUGCAGCUGAACUUGAGAAGAAUGUAUUCCAGCAGGUCUGUUAG